AAUUAAUAAUAGUACAGCUCAUUAUUUAUUCAUUGGUGUAGGGUUAUGAUAAAAUCGGUUUCUUAAAGAAGAAGUCACUGAAGAACGUGACAUGGCAGAGGAGGUGGUUUGCCCUCAAGGACCGGAAGUUGAGCUACUUCAAGAAAGGACAGGGAGAGGUGACCUCCAUUGACCUGAGGACAGUCACUGAACUCAAGGGACACUCGGCUGAUCCUAGCGCUAACCUUGACCAACAGUGCACUGUACAUAUUGUCACCCAUGAGAGGUCGUACACAUUGAGAGCUGAUAAUCCAAAUGAAGCUGACCAGUGGCUACAAGCACUCAAGCAGACUCAGAUGUCAGUCCAAUUGUCAGAGCACCCUGUUAUAUCCAGUGGCAAUAUUCCAAUCAUCGUACACAAGUGCCUUCAGUUUGUAGAGAUAUCAGGACUAAAGACCGAGGGAUUGUAUCGUAAAAGUGGUGAACACUCUAAGAUACGUAAGCUCCUCCUGGCAUUUAAUCAGGACCCAAGGGGUGUGGUCAUUGACGAGGACAGCUACUCAGUUCAUGAUGUAACUGGAACACUCAAACAAUUCUUCAGGACACUUCCUGACCCACUGAUGACUCACAAACUGUAUCAACCAUUUCUACAUGCUUCAUCGAUGACAUCAGGUCAUGAGAACCAGAUGUACCAGUUACAGUCUCUGAUUGAUCAGCUGCCUGACAUUAACAGAGAAACUCUCAAAAGACUAAUAGGACACUUAUUGAAGGUGAUCCAGCAUGAAUCAGAUAACAAGAUGAGUCAGUCCAAUAUCAUCAGUUUAUUUGGUCCCACUCUCAUGACUGUUGAUGGAGAUGCUGUAUCAUUUGAGGACUCAGGUGCCCAGUAUGCGUGUAUCAAUCACAUGUUGAACUAUUACAAGUGGUUGUUUAACGUCAACGAGGAUGAGGACAAGAAGGAAGAGGCAAUGCAAUCAGCUCUGUUAAAGAUUCAAGCAGCACAGCAACAGCACAAGGAAUCAACAAUGUUAAUGAGUUCAAGCACCAGUUUCCUGAUAUCAAUAUAUGUCACUAAUAAAGAGGGUGGGGCUUGUUCUAUGAAGAUUAAUGCUCAGACUACUGCUGCUGAAGUGGUUGAGUUUGUUACAACAACAAAAUGUCUACCAAAGAGGAACUACGCCCUGUUCCUGGUACUGGGUGACGCUGAAUCAGAGCGUCCAUUACAUUCACUGGAGCUGGUACUAGCAGUACAGAAACCUGAUUCUUACUUGUGUAUAAAACCAAACACCUUCGCUGAUAAAUUACUGCCCUUUGAUGGUAUUUAUAAAGGACAGACAGUGUCCAUUCAUGUACAGGAGAAGAAGAAGUGGAGAAAGUGUCCCUGUAGGGUUAGGGAUAACAUGUUCCUCAUUUAUAAAGACGCAAAAGCUCAUAAUGAAUUGGCAAGACUGGCUCUAUCAGAUUUAGAUGUGUUUGUUGGAAUUGAACAAAAGAGAAUUGACGUACGGAACCCACUGCCAACUCGAUACCCGUUCUGUCUGCUGGUUCGGUUUGAGGAACAGAACAAGUUCCUCUGUGCUGACUCAGCAGACGAUAGACUCCUCCUCCUGGCUGCUAUCAUAUUUGCUAAAUUUCCUGAUGGUAUUCAGACUCCACUGAUGCCGGUAAAAACCACACCUACUCAUUUCGACAGUAGAAACAGAGGAAUCAGUAUAUUGAAUCCAACACAGUCUUCUCCUCACACGUCGCCCACUCACGGAAUGAAUUUAUCAGUCAGUUAUAAUCCACAGCCUGUUAUUCCAAGAGGUGUGGUCUCCCCAAGUAAGGUUGGUACUCUAGACCACAGUGUCAUUUCGGAACUUAAAAAGAGGAACAGUUUAAGUCCAGAUCAUCUCCUUAGUUAGCAUUAAUAAUUAUUAUAUUUAUUGAAAUAAUUACUGAUUUUUAAUUUAUUAUUAUUGUUGUUAUUAUUUUAUUGUGUUUUGAUUUUAAUUUGUUUGUUUGUUGAGGAUAAUGUUCUAUUUUAUUCUAAUCACUUAUUAUGA